CAGCUUCCGAGGAAAGCCGGAAGAGAUCGGACCCUGAACAGAAUCUUGAGUUGCCAGCCCCUCCCCCGACCCCUACGGAAAGACGAGUGCAGAGACUGCCCUGGCGAAGUCAAAACAUUUAUCCUGGCUCUGUCAGGUGAGGCUCUCCUUCCCCAUCCAGGAACAGUACCAAUCCAAACUCCCUUUAAUUUCCCAUGACUCUCAGCGUCCGUCCUCAAGCCCCGCCCCCCGUUCCUCUGCCCCGCCCCGAAGUUUGAGGGGCGUGAAUGGUUUGUGACCCCCCGUCAUCUGACCCUAACCGUCACCGGUCUGGAGAGCUGGGCUUGGGCACUGCGACCGUGACCCGGAAGCCCUUCGGCUGGGGGGCGGGGGCUCAUGGACUCUACCGCCCCGGGAAUAGGAUCUCUCAGGCGCAGAGCCUUCGCCUCAGAAAAAGCAGGGUCGGGGCCGACUCCACACCGCGCGGUCAGGGUGGUCCAGAGGCCGAGGAGAGCACUGAGGCUUGGAGCAGGCAGACGCGGGGUCCUAACUGCCCCCGGCAGUUCCUUGUGUCCUCGGUUCCCGUCUGUCUUUGCCACAGUUUCCUUUUGUGUCAAUCACGGUUCCCGACAUCAACCUUACCAUCAGGGGUUAGUUGUGGGAGUGAAACAUAAUUGCUAUCAUUUGUUUGUCGAGCAGUCUUACUUAUUUUGCUUCGAUGAUUUCACGUCAUCUUCAAAACAACCUUAUGAGUGUGGACCCGGUCAGCAGCCAGGCCAUGGAGCUCUCUGAUGUCACCCUCAUUGAGGGUGUGGGUAAUGAGGUGAUGGUGGUGGCAGGUGUGGUGGUGCUGAUUCUAGCCUUGGUCCUAGCCUGGCUCUCUACCUACGUAGCAGACAGCAGUAACAACCAGCUGCUGGGCACCAUUGGGUCAGCGGGAGACACAUCUGUUCUCCACCUUGGGCAUGUGGACCAGCUGGUAAGCCAAGGCACUCCAGAGCCAACGGAACUCCCCCAUCCAUCAGAGGGGAAUGAUGAGAAGGCUGAGGAGACCAGUGACAGUGGCGGGGACUCCACUGGGGAACCCGGAGCUCGGGGAGAGAUGGAGCCCAGCCUUGAACAUCUCCUGGAUAUCCAAGGCCUACCUAAAAGACAGGCAGGCCUGGAAAGCAGCCAUGCAGAAGCUCCACUGGGAUUAGAUGAAAGCACAAGCCUCUCUCCCAGCCCCAGCCUCAUCAAUGUUCGGCUCAAGUUCCUCAAUGACACCGAGGAGCUAGCUGUAGCCAGGCCAGAGGACACUGUGGGAACCCUAAAGAGCAAAUACUUCCCUGGACAAGAGAGCCAGAUGAAACUGAUCUACCAGGGUCGGCUGCUGCAGGACCCAGCACGCACACUGAGUUCCCUGAACAUUACCGACAACUGUGUGAUUCACUGCCACCGCUCACCCCCAGGGGCAGCUGUUUCUGGCCCCUCAGGGUCUUUGACCCCCUCAGCCACUGAGCCAUCCAGCCUUGGUGUCAACGUGGGCAGCCUCAUGGUGCCUGUGUUUGUGGUGCUUUUGGGCGUGGUCUGGUACUUCCGUAUUAAUUACCGCCAGUUCUUCACAGCACCUGCCACUGUUUCCUUGGUGGGAGUCACAGUCUUCUUCAGCUUCCUAGUAUUUGGGAUGUAUGGACGAUAAGGACAUCUGGGAGACAAUGAAUGGCAUGGUCUUCCUCCUUCAUGGCCUCCCCCCUUUCCUGGCCAGAGCUGGGCCCAAGGACCUGGGAGGGAGGGAUGGGAAAGAUGUGGUAGGUACCCUGUCCAUAGGACCCAGGAAGCAGGUGUGUGUCCACAGGGCACAGAUAUCUCUGCAAGCACAACUCAGGUAGAAACAAGGAUAUCAUCUUCCCUCUUUUGGAAUCCCAAAGUUCAAAAUGUCAAGCUCAGUGAGCAGCUUGGGCCCUGGGUCUUCCUCCUGGCUGUGGCCCUAGUCUUUCCCAUGUCUUGCAUGUCUGUGUCCCCCCCCCCCCCCCCAGGGCUGCUGCCAGGGCAGCUCAGCAUGGCCUUAGCAUUCCUCUGCAGGGAGCUUGAAGUACCAUUUCCACGCCUUAGACGAGGGCAAUCUUUUGAAACUAAAUUCACAGGGAUGGAGACUGUACGGGCUUUCCCUAUAGAGACCCAGCUGCCACCACCUCCCCCUCUACCCCUUGUAGCAGGAAUAGGAUAUUUUGCUUUCUUUCAAAGCACUUUGCCUUUUUUUUUUUUUUUUCCUUCCUCCUAAAUAGCCGGCAUAAAGCUCAGUUAGGUAGGGGAUUGGGGCAGAGGGCCAAGCCCCCGCAUCAAGGGGCCAGGCCACAGCUGCUGCUAGCCUAGGCCUAAGGCUGCAGAACACUGGCCCUGAUCCAGUGUCCUGCCCAGUUCCAAGGACGAGCUCUGGGUAUAGAUUGCCCUGCCCUAGGCCCUCGGUUGGUGGGUCAGUGUGAGCAAAUAAAAUAGCAUUUUGUGGCUGUGGAGCCUCUUUUGUGACUGCUCUACCCUCAACAACCUGGUAAGGAGGGUGGGUAGGCCGGGCUACCAACGGGAGAUGCAGUUUAUUUACACCAGCAGCCAUGGGGGCAGAGGGAAUACACAGCGUUUACAAAGUUAGCUACCUGUACAGGAUGGAUUACAUAUGCAAAAAUAAAAAUCUCAAGA